UCAAUGAAGAUGGACGAAGCAGCGUACCAGUUUGAUUUGAUUCAAUCUCACGUGGGCCACUAAAGGCCCGGACUGGGCCGUGGUGUUUAGCGUCGCUCUUUUGAUUUUGAUAGCAUGCACUAAACCCUCUGCCGCGGGCGACACGGAGGUGCGAGCUGCGGGAGACUGUAUUCGGGAACCAUAAACCCUUGCGGGGAAGGGACAGAGACAGUUCAUUCCUGGUGGCAUGAAGAAUGCUGCCAGAUCUAUUUUCCCACGACGCGCUCCUUAAGCUCCAAAUCAAAAACAAAAUGGCGAUUUUUGACAGUUUGCUUUACUUAUCCAUUCUUGCAAUUUAUUUAGUGUCAGUAACAUCUGCUGAUCCGAUCCAUGGAUGCGGCGGAUUCGUCGAGGCAAGUUCGGCUUUAGUCAAGUCAAGGAAGCCAACGGAUGCUAAAUUAGAUUAUUCUCAUAUCACGGUUGAGCUUCGCACUGUUGAUGGUUUGGUAAAAGAUAGAACUCAGUGUGCUCCAAAUGGUUACUACUUUAUUCCCGUAUAUGACAAGGGCUCUUUUCUAGUUGAAAUCAAGGGACCAGAAGGAUGGUCAUGGAAUCCCGAUAAGGUUCCUGUUGUUGUUGACCAAACCGGUUGCAAUGCUAAUGAAGAUAUUAACUUUCAAUUCACAGGAUUUACUUUAUCUGGUAGAAUAGUGGGAGCUGUUGGUGGAGAAAGCUGUUCAAUUAAAAAUGGAGGUCCAUCUAAUGUCAAUGUUGAACUUUUAUCUUCCAAUGGAGAUCUCAUUUCAUCGGCUUUAACAUCAUCAGGGGGACUCUAUUCAUUUAAUAAUGUUAUUCCAGGAAAGUAUCAAUUGCGUGCUUUCCAUCUUGAUUUGAAGGUUGAAGUCAGAGGCUCAAGAGAGGUGGAUCUGGGCUUUGGGAAUGGGGUAGUUGAUGACAUUUUCUUUGUUCCUGGGUAUGAUAUACAAGGGUUUGUUGUUGCUCAGGGAAAUCCAAUCUUGGGUGUUCACAUAUAUUUACACUCAAAUGACGUUGGAGAGGUGAAUUGCCCCCAGGGUUCUGGUAAUGCCUCUGGGCAAGGGAAAGCUCUUUGUCAUGCUGUAUCAAAUGCUGAAGGGAUGUUUGUAUUUAAAUCAAUACCUUGUGGUGUUUAUGAGCUUAUACCCUAUUACAGAGGUGAAAAUACAGUUUUUGAUGUUUCACCUCCUUCCAUGUCACUAUCUGUUCAGCAUCAUCAUGUAACAGUCCUCCAGAAGUUUCAGGUCACUGGAUUUUCAAUUGGGGGUCGUGUUGUUGAUGGAAAUGGUAUGGGAGUGAAUGGUGUUAAAAUAUUAGUAGAUGGUCAUGCAAGGUCUGUCACUGACGAACAAGGAUAUUACAAGCUUGACCAGGUUACCUCGAGUCGCUAUAUGAUAGAAGCCAAGAAGGAGCAUUACAAGUUUGAGAACUUAAAGAAUUUCUUGGUUCUUCCAAACAUGGCUUCAAUUACAGAUAUCAAGGCAGUCUCCUAUGAUAUAUGUGGUGUGGUUCGGAUCCUUACUGCUGGUUAUAAGGCAAAGGUGGCUUUGACACAUGGUCCAGAAAAUGUUAAACCUCAAGUGAAACAAACUGAUGCAAGUGGAAAAUUCUGCUUUAAGGUUUUUCCAGGAGAAUAUCGCUUAUCUGCUUUGGCAGCCACAACUGAGAGUGCUCCUGGACUUUUGUUCUUGCCACCUUAUGUUGAUGUUGUGGUCAAAAGUCCUGUACUAAAUGUUGAGUUCUCUCAGGCACUAGUUAAUGUACGUGGUGCAGUGGCCUGCAAGGAGAAAUGCGGUCCGUCUGUUUCUGUUGAACUUGUAAAACUGACCAGCGUACAUGAUGGAUUGAGGGAAACAGUUAAAUUGACUGAUCAGAGCAGUGAAUUUUUGUUUUCAAAUGUUUUUCCUGGAAAAUACAGACUUACGGUCAAGCACAUUUCCCCUGAGACCAGAAAAGAUAAUUGGUGCUGGGAGCAGAGUUCUGUGGAUCUCAACAUUGGUGCUGAGGACAUAGAAGGAAUCGUAUUUGUUCAGAAGGGUUACUGGGUUAAUGUUAUCUCCACACAUGAUGUUGAUGCUUACUUGACUCAUGCUGAUGGUUCUUCUGUCAAUUUGAAAAUUAAGAAAGAUUCACAGUAUAUUUGUGUUGAAUUGCCUGGCGUGCAUGAACUGAACUUUGUUAACUCAUGCAUUUCCUUUGGGAGCUCAUCAGUGAAGAUUGAUACACUAAACCCAUUGCCUGUAUAUCUUAAAGGAGAGAAAUAUCUCCUUAAAGGACAUAUACAUAUUGAUUUGAGCUCCCUCAGUGGUGGGCAUGAGUUACCUGACAACAUCAUCGUGGACGUACUUAAUAGUGAGGAUUCUGUUGUUGAUCAAAGCAUUGCUAGACUUAUAAACAAUGGUAAUAAUCAGAAAAAUGUUGCCGAGUAUGAGUACUCUGUUUGGGCUAAUCUUGGAGAAAAGCUUUCCUUUGUUCCUUCAGACCCCAGGAAUAAUGGGGAGAAGAGGAUCUUGUUUUAUCCCAGACAGCAUCAUGUCUAUGUGACAAAUGAUGGUUGCCAAGCUUCAAUUCCUCCAUUCUCUGGUCGAAAGGGAUUGUACAUUGAAGGCUCAGUUUCUCCCUCACUUUCAGGCGUUCAUGUCAGGGUUAUUGCUGCAGGUGACAGCCAGAAUUCUCCAGUUAAGAAAGGGGAAUUGGCAGUUGAAGCCAUGACAGGGCCUGAUGGUUUAUUUUUAGGAGGGCCUCUAUUUGAUGACAUAAGUUACACCAUUGAAGCUUCAAAGCCUGGUUAUCAUUUAAAGCCAGUUGGACCCUAUUCCUUCUCUUGUCAAAAGCUUAGUCAAAUCUAUGUACAUAUAUAUUCUAAUGAGGAUGCUAAAGAACCUUUUCCUUCUGUAUUGCUGUCAUUGAGUGGUGAUGAUGGUUAUAGGAACAACACUGUAACUGGUGCUGGAGGAAUUUUCAUCUUUGAUAAUUUAUUUCCUGGGAGUUUUUACUUGCGCCCUUUGUUGAAGGAAUAUGCUUUUUCACCUCCAGCGCAGGCUAUAGAACUUGGUUCUGGGGAGUCCAAAGAAGUAAUUUUCCAGGCCACCCGUGUUGCUUACAGUGCCACAGGUAUGGUCACUUUGUUGUCUGGCCAACCUAAAGAAGGUGUUUCAGUUGAAGCCCGAUCAGAGUCAAAAGGCUAUUAUGAGGAAACUGUAACUGAUUCAUCAGGAAAUUUUCGUCUAAGAGGACUUCUUCCUGACACAAUUUACCUGAUCAAAGUAGUGAAAAGGGACGAUCUGAGUGGCACUAUGAUUGAGCGUGCAUCUCCAGAAUCUGUUUCUGUUAAGGUUGGGUCUGAGGAUGUCAGAGGAUUGGAUUUUUUGGUAUUUGAGCAACCAGAACAGACCAUAUUAAGUUGCCAUGUUGAAGGAGAAAGAAUUGAGGAACUACAUUCUCAUCUACGGGUGGAAAUCAAAUCAGCUAGUGAUCCAUCUAAGAUCGAGUCCGUCUUCCCCCUCCCUCUUUCUAACUUCUUCCAGGUGAAGGACUUGCCCAAGGGCAAGCACCUCUUGCAGCUCCAAUCUAGUUUCCCAUCAAGCACCUACAGAUUUGAAUCAGAUGUUAUUGAGGCUGACUUAGAGAAGCAUGCACAAAUUCAUGUGGGACCCCUCAAGUACACAAUUGAAGAGGAUCACCAUAAGCAGGAAUUAACUCCGGCACCUGUAUAUCCUCUUAUAGUUGGAGUCUCUGUCAUUGCACUCUUUAUAAGCAUGCCAAGAUUAAAGGACUUGUUCCAAGGAUCAACGGGAAUAUCAACUGUGGGUUCCUCUUUGACUGCAAAAAGGGAAGCACGGAAGUCCUCUCUGAGAAAGAAAACCUUCUGAAGAUCCGGUUUGCAUUUUACAAGAGCAUAGUAAUUUUGAAUGCGGAAUUUUCAGUUCUAUAUUCCAAGAUUUUGCGAAUCACGAGCCCGAGUGAGAGAGCAUUUGAACGUUAUAUGCAUAUUGGGCAAAGGUACCAAAAUUUUAAUGAUUCCAUAAAUCAGCAUAGAAAUUUUUGGCUACUUCUACCAUCUGUUAUUAGACGAAGAUGCUGCUGGAAAAAAUGGCUUCGAAGCCAAGAGGGUCACUUGGUGCUCAGCAAGGUGAUGAAGCCAUAGGAGGAGGAAGAGUUAUAGCUCAUUGAAAUGAUGAAAGCAGUGAUGAAGAAGCUGCUGAGAGCCCCUGUUUGGUUCGUGAAAUAUCCUAACAUAUUUAUAGAACUUUAUAUUAGAAAAUGAGUUUGUGAGAACAUUUUGCCUGAUUUCCGUUAUUCUUAGAAUAUGCGAUAUUAUUAUCACGUUACUUUUUGGCUCAAAACAAAUAUGAGAAUCAAAUGCUAUCCGCAUUACAUCCUCAAA